AUGGGUGCUAUAGCGAGCCGAUACCGUGUACACAACUCAGGACUCAUAAGCACCGAUAUAAAGAACAUAGAGAGUGAGGAAAAACGUGAAAAUCCCGGAACGUUAGAUGAGAUACAUAAAAAGUCUAAAGAUGUCAUGCCCGUUAAUUUUGAAGGUGGAAAGCUUAUGGUCAACAGGGGUCUCUCCAAUCAUUUUCAGAUGUCCCACACUUUGACAAUGAGUUCAGCUCAAAAUGGCUACAAGCUGGGAGCAACGUACAUUGGAACCAAGCAGAUAUCACCCACAGAAGCUUUCCCUGUCAUCCUGGGAGAUGUAGACCCUGCCGGGAAUGUCAACUUUAGCCUCAUUCAUCAACUCACACCAGAAAUUAGACUCAAAGGCGCUGCUCAGGUGCAAGAAUGCAAGCUGACAGCCACCCAAGGCACAUUGGAGUAUAAAGGGUCAGACUACACACUCGCAAUGGCUGUGGGCAAACCUGACUUUAGUGAGAAGUCUUCAGUAUUUGUUGGACAUUAUUUACAGUCAGUAACAAAGCGGUUAGCACUUGGCACGGAGCUGGUGUACCAGUCCGGUGCGAGGGUCAUGGGAGGAGAGAUUGCCAUCACUUCUGCUGCCGCUAGAUAUACCAUGGACGAUUCGGAAAUAUCAGCGACGCUCAGCUCGGCCAAUUUCCACUUGUGUUACUUCAAGCAGUGCAGUGAACAACUACAGGUGGUCGCAGAGAUGGACACUUCAUUCCGAGGGAUGGAGUCCACAGGCACCAUUGGUUAUCAAGUCACCAUACCCAAAGCAGAUCUAGUCUUUAGAGGCAUGGUAGAUUCAAAUUGGAACAUUGGCGCUGUACUAGAAAAGAAACUGCAGCCGCUGCCAUUCACAUUUGCCCUAUCAGGCAUGGCCAACCAAGGCAAACAGCAGUUCAAGUUUGGCUGCGGCCUCAUCAUCGGCUAA